ACGGAACUCCAUAACUCAUCAACAUCCGGUGUACCAACUGCACAGCGACCUUUAGCUUUUGAAUGUUUAAAAUACUACAGUUCACAUGUUUUUGGCGUGCUUUGCCAAUCGGUCUGCCGCCGUUUAGUCGUUUGUUCGACCGAGAAAGUGAGCGGCGAUUACUGGACAAAUCAGCUUUUCGGUCAGGUAAGUGGCGGACUGUGAUUUCAGGAUUGAAAACGGCCCAAAGCAGACCGGAAGAUAAGAUGUGAUAAUUGACACAGCCAUCCCUUUGGAUCCAUGAGCAACAGUCACCCUUUGCGGUCGCUGACCUCUGUGUCAGAGAUCGACCACCUCCAUCUACUGUCGGAGCAGCUGGGGACCCUGGUGUCAGCAGAGGAGUACAGUGAUGUCACCUUCCUGGUAGAGGGGAAGCGUUUCCCUGCCCACCGGGUCAUCCUGGCAUCUCGGUGCCAGUACUUCAGAGCCAUGCUGUACAAUGGGAUGAAGGAGUCCCAGCCUCAGGCAGAGAUCUCCCUAGAGGACACACAGGCCGAGGCUUUCUCCAUGUUGCUGCAGUACCUGUACACAGGCCGGGCCAGCCUCAGCACAGCCAGAGAGGACGUGGUGCUGGACUUCCUGGGUCUUGCACACCGCUACGGCCUCCAGCCUCUAGAGGCUUCGACCUGUGAGUUCCUGCGAAUGGCGCUAAGUGUCCAGAAUGUGUGCGUUGUGUAUGACAUGGCCAGUCUGUACUGUUUGAGCAACCUGGCCCAGGCCUGCUGUACCUUCAUGGAUCGGCAAGCUCCAGAAGUGCUGGCUGCUGACGGCUUCCUCGCUCUCUCCAAGACUGCUCUGCUUACUAUGGUUAAGAGGGAUUCCUUUGCAGCCAGUGAAAGGGAGAUUUUCCUGGCUCUCUCCCGCUGGUGCCAGCACAAUGCCAACAACGACCAGCUGAACCAGGCCACCAUACAGGAAGUGAUGGCAGCAGUCCGUCUGCCGCUGAUGAGCCUUGCAGAGAUGCUGAAUGUGGUUCGUCCAUCCGGCCUGCUGAGCCCCGACCACCUUCUGGACGCCAUCCAGACCCGAUCCGAGAGCCGUGACAUGGAUCUCAACCACCGCGGCAUCCUCAUCCCUGAGGAGAACAUUGCCACCAUGAAGCAUGGUGCUCAGGUAGUGAAGGGAGAGUUAAAGUCAGCUCUUCUGGAUGGGGACACACAGAACUACGACCUGGACCACGGCUUCUCCAGACACCCCAUAGAGGAGGAGGGCCACGGCCACUCAGGCAUCCAGGUCAAGCUGGGUCAACCAUCCAUCAUCAACCACGUCAGACUUCUGCUGUGGGACAAAGACAGCCGGUCAUAUUCUUACUAUGUAGAGGUAUCUAUGGAUGGACUGGACUGGGUUCACGUCAUCGACCACUCUAAGUUUCUCUGUCGCUCCUGGCAGAACCUCUUCUUCCAGCCUCGGGUCUGCAGGUACGUGAGAGUAGUGGGAACGCACAAUACAGUCAACAAGGUGUUCCACCUGGUCGCCCUGGAGUGCAUGUACACACAGCGGCCCUAUGUCCUGGAGAAAGGAUUUCUGGUGCCCAGCAGUAAUGUGGCCACCAUCCCGUGUGGGGCUAGUGUGACUGAGGGCGUGAGUCGUAGCCGUAACGCCUUGCUGAACGGAGACACAUCCAACUACGACUGGGAUUCAGGAUACACCUGCCACCAGCUGGGCUCUGGGGCCAUUGUCAUACAGCUGGCCCAGCCAUACAUGCUAGCCUCACUCAGGUUGUUGCUGUGGGACUGUGAUGACCGCAGCUACAGCUACUACGUAGAGGUUUCCACCAACCAGCAACAGUGGACCAGGAUUGUAGACAGAACCAAGGUGGCGUGUAGGUCCUGGCAGACUUUGCUGUUUGACCCGCAGCCUGCUUCCUUCAUCCGGAUUGUGGGAACUCAUAACACAGCCAACGAGGUCUUUCAUUGCGUCCAUUUUGAGUGUCCUGCGCAGCUGGAUGUGGAGGUGACAGAGGGAAGUCCAGGGUCUGACCAACCCAGCACAGAUUCCACCUCUCAAAAUGCCCACCAACAUGUUUUACCAAGACAGCUUUCUGCAAGGCCAGCCUCCUCCCCUUCUUCCUCCUCCUCUUCUCCAUCACACUCCCAGCAUCUCUAAAACUUGAAGGUCUUCUAUUUUUUGGUAGAAGAUCUCCACUCUGCAGGGACUCCCUACCUCAUAGGAUUUGAGGAGCAGUCCGCCUCUUUCAUCAGGCAUCCUGGACAUACCAGCAGCCAGAAAUUUACCUUCCAGCUCCUAUCAAUAACUGCACACUGCUACUUUGAAGACAGAGAGCAAAACAAGUUACCUUGAUCACAUUCACUUCAUUUGGAAUUUAGUGAGAUGUCUGUUUUUGAGUGUUUUCACAUUUCAUGCAACAAUGUGUUACUUACUGUGGACCCCCAUUAUGAAGCUCCUUUGGUGGUUGGUGCACAAAAAAAAGGUUCCACUAAGAUGCAGUAGCACUUUAAAGGGAAUUUUAGGUAGCCUUGUUCAUCUCUUUGACUGAUUAGAUACAAAGAAAUGAUGAGCAAUUUACGAGGCAUACCAUUUUUUGACAUAGUGUCUGCUGUGAAAUAGGACAGGAUGCAGACUUAACUUUUGACAUUUUCCUGAGAAAUUGCUGUUGCAGUGACUAGUAUUCAGGGAAGGGAAUGACAACCAGACACUUUUGCAGGAUAACAUCCAGCUUUUUUUCCACAAAUUGUUUUUGUCACUGAAAAUUGUCAUAGUGUUAAAUGUUUUUUAAACUACAAACUACCUUGACAAGUGGUCUUUUAUAGGUCAUUGGAAAGGCACCAGCACUGACAAGGUUUGAGUCUCUAUUGGCAUCGACACCAUUCGUGUUACAAAAGAUUUCCCUUAGGGCACUUUAGGGCGCUUUGGAUAAAACCGCCUACCAAAUGGUACAAAUUGCAAAUGUAAAAUGGCUUUGUGUCCUACAAGCAUUGCUACCAUGCUAACCACUUCUGCUUUCAGUACUUCAUCGAUCAAAACACUGAAACAAAGGACAAUUUGGAUGGACUGAAAGGAAUAUUACAUACUCAGAGAGGCUUCCUAAGGCCAUUGACUGUCACUAUGAGACAUUAUUCAAGGCUAAGAAGGAAAUGACCAUCCACAAAUUGCUGAAUUCCCCAGAUGGCAUCACUGUCCACUCUCUGCGCUCCUCCUGUCUUGAGGAACCUUAUGACUGUAAAAAUGUGCUGCUAACAAUAUGUGUAUUUGUAAUAAACCAAACUCAGGUGUCAAUAUUUAUUUAUAAAGCCCUUAUCAAAGACAAAUUGGCAACACAAAUUGGAAGUAGUAUUGUAAAAUGUUGACCACAAAAAUUCCCAAACUAUUAUCAACUGUAGAUGAGACCCUGUCUUCAGUUCAGGUAGGAGAUACUGUCUGUUUGGUUAGGGUCUUGGCGGUCUGGGCAUUUAGUAUCCAAUAUGCUGCAAUACUUACAAAUAGGCCACAUCUCACAUAGUAAGAUUCAUUAUCUCACACAGAUAAUAAAGCUAAGUUUAGGCUUUUGGUUCUACAAUUGUGGUUAAAAUUUAAAUGGGAUACAUCACCAUGGUAACUGCACCUCUAAGCUGCAUGAGAGAGCAGGUUAUGUUCUCGCUGUCAGAUGCAAAUGCCCACCUCCUUGCCAGUCAACACUCUGGGAAUAUAGCAUCACCACAUGUAAAUAAUUUCAUGAAUUUGUGUACAAUGAUAGUAUAUAGGAGGGAACUUUCCUUAACCCCCUCAUGGCUUAUUAAAUCAGAUAGAUAAUAAUCAUUUGUAUGGUUUCCACAUAAUAGAGUGCUCCAAUCAAAUAGCAGUAAAUGUCACUUAAGUACAUUUGUGAAUGAGGCAUGAAAUGUGCUGGUAAGAUUAAGUGCGCUUAAUCUUUUUCAUAAGAUUCCUCAGAACGAUUUGUACAAUAGAGUGCACCCAUGUUAUCCUGACUGCAACCCUGGGAAACAUGAGGCUGACUAUGAGUGAAAAGUGUUUUCAUAGGCUCAAUGUGAUGGCACCAUAGUUCAACUGUACAAAUAAAAUUCUAAUUGUGCUUUAAUGAUGUA